CAGCACACAGACUGUGCUGGCACUGUCUCUCGGAGAUAUGGACGCCACCUGGCAGCAGCUGCGCGAAGAACUGAUGCGGCAAAACGUGUACGAAGACUACUUAGACGACCGUCUCGAGCUGCUCGGCGCCCACCCUUUCCGAGACGACCACGGCUAUCGCGAGCUUUUCGACAACGAGGCACGACUACUGCGAGUGCUCCUGGCAGGCGUCUCAGGAACUCAACGGUGGUUUACGCUGGGUUCUUUAGAGCAGGUGACCCCGUCGUUGCGGCCCUCUGACCUGUGGCUCCAGCUGCUGGACAAGCACCUGGAAGGCCACGUGCCGCUGUCCCACGAUGACCUCAUGGUGGCGCAGAGCAUGGAGAUGAUAUUCGAACUUCACACCUUGCUGAGGGACUACGCAAACAGGGCGGAAAAGCUGCUGGACGCCAUAGCGUGGAUCCUGGUGCAGAAGUACCUGUGGGCCAUGGCUGCAUCGCCGCGUACAGGGCUCGGCAAUCGCAGCACCGACCUCGGUACCAUCAUUCCCGCACCUGAGGCCUGCCAACAGCUGGUCGACUCGCGCCUCGGACUUCUGCUCGCGGCUCCACAUGUGGUAUCGCGAUACACGAGCGAGGUUCGCGGCCAGAUAGAAGAUGUGUUCACCACGCUCACAACAGCGGCCAAGCAGAACAUCGGGAGCCUGCGCUGGGCAGGCGAUAGUGCCAAGGAGGAGGCCGUCCGCAAGCUGGACUCGAUGACGCGCGACGUCUUCCCCACGGGUGACUUCUUCUACGAGCGAAAACGACGCACGUUGUACGAAGCGUUCGCUCCCAAAGACCGAGAGUCGAGCUUCAUCGUGCGCUUCCUCGAGGCCAGCGCCGUCCUGCGCGGCUUCCUGGCGACCGACGCCUACGAGGACGUCUACCGACGGCGUAUGGGCGAAGGUGGCGCGCCGCUGUUGUCCUACGAGUACUACAGGAACAUUAUGCGCGUAUCACUGGACGCACUCGAACGCCCGAUGUUCACCGUAGGCGGCACGCACGCCAUGAACUACGGCGGCCUCGGAUCUUAUGUCGCCCGCGAGUUGACCCGCUCGUUCGAUCCCGUCGGCAGCACCGUCGACUCGACGGGCACUAUCCGGUUCUGGUGGGGUUCCAACGUGUCGAGCGUGUACGGUUUGCGAAUGUUGUGCAUGAAGAAACGGCCGCGAGAAGCCGUCCUCAACGGCACGACACCCGCGAGCCACCGUCCGGCAUUCAGCCUGUUCCCGCACGUACCGGCUGUGGAGACGGCCUUCCGUGCGUACAAGCAAGCCUGGGGGAAGAAUAAGACGCCGGACGGGCUGCAGCUGGCCUUCCUCGGGCGGCUGUCGGGCGACCAAGUCUUCUUUCUCACCUACUGUCACGUGCUAUGCGCCACCGAUGAGGCAGCAGGCAACGCAGCGGACGCCUGCAACGUGCCGCUAGCGAACUUCCCAGCGUUCGCGAACGCGUUCCACUGCCCUGUCGGCUCGCGCAUGAACCCGGGCGCCAAGUGUACCUUCUUCGAGGACUACAGUUGACGGCUUUCGAAGACGCAUCGUAGCCACACUCCGACACGCGAAUCGCCCACGUGAUCACCAUCGUGUCGGCUGUAACUUUCGCCGUUCCCUUAUGAGGGCACUCAAAUGAGAUGUGUUAUUGCGCAAACUGUGCUACCUUGUACAGUCACUGCGCACCUGCGUAUUGUGCGGACGCUCACGUGACGAGCCAUUGUGCGAUAUAUCAAAACUU